AUGUCUAACAGCACUCAUACUUAUACGGGUGUCUGGGUUGACUGGUCUCAGGGUCAAACUCGUGGAGCGACAUUGACGUUGUCGCAACUGAAUGCUGGAAUCUUGAGUGCUUUCUUAGCUGUUCUCACGACUUCUGCAGGAGGUUUGUUCUGGAGUCUCGUCGCAUUUGCAAUCCAUCAACUAAAUACGACACCUGAUGGAGAAAAACAAGAUGUGCUCCAGGCUCAACGCCAACUUAUCUAUCGCAAUAAGGGUACAAUGUCCGCGGCCUUGGCGUUCCUGAAGCUUCCAUUUGCCCAUAGGCAUAGGAUUUCGAAGCCCUUCUGGCGGUCUCUCCCUUUUGCACUACUAGCAAUCCUCAUUCUUCUCCUAUUUGGCGCCUCCAGUCUUUUCACAAGCUACAUCUCAAAGCUCGCAAGCGCCUCCACCCUUAUUAUCAGCCCAGACUGCGGAGGAUUCAAGGUUGACACAAUUUCCGAGGAGUUGAAUCCUUUGAGCACGAAAAGUCUUCUAGAUACUUAUGAUGCGGCCACAUAUGUCCGCGAAUGCUACCAAGGGAACCCCAAAGGGGCGGGCUGUGGAUUAUUUAUCCGCCCACGCUUGCCAUUCACUACAAAUCCGAACGCAUCUUGUCCCUUCGGGGACAACCUAUGCGCGUACAAUGAUCAAUCUGCAUUCCAGAUGGAUACUGGUCAUUUGGACUCACAUCUCGAUUUUGGGAUCAACGCACGACCGCGCAACAGGAUCAAGUUCCGACGAGUCAGUACCUGCGCGCCAAUCCAUCAUCAUUCCAGCUUGACUACGGUAGUGAAUGACACCACGCAAGGAAUAUUAAUCUAUGUCAAUGCCGGUCCUCAACCUAUCUUGGGGCUGAAUUACACAUUUGUUCAUACCCCGGUUCCAAACCUGGCUAAUGUAGGGUACCUUUUGAGAGCGAUGUAUGCUGGCGCCGAUCCCACAGGCGUUCUGGACGCCGGGGGUGUUACUUGGCAGCCAGAUCCAGUGAUGAACCAAACUAAUGCUGAUAUCACUCUUAUGAUGUUGAGCCAAAACGAUAUUUCGUAUGUUGAGCGCAUUGACGAUCCUUGGAUCACAGCUCAGACCGAGAUCCAAACCAAUAGUACGAUUCCAGGAAGCAAUGAGUCUUUAACCUUAUGGCUGAAAAGCUAUGAUAUAAGCCUCUUGGGUUGCGUGGACCAGUACCAGGUGUGCAAUCCAAAUAUGCCAGGGGACUCCGGAUGCACCACUCUAGGUGGUCUCUUGGACGCGGCCAACCAGGCCUACAUCACCAAAAUCAAAUCCCUAGGCUUUAAUUCCGACCAGAUCGUGACUAUCUCACGAUUCUUCGAUUGGCCUAUUGACAUGAGUAUGUAUUCUAACGUAGAUGGUCGUGGAGGUUCCGCCCUCAAUGAUACCUUCCCCCAAAAUCAAUGGCAAAUCGAAGUAUCGACCUGGUUCGCAACAUCUCUUGCCAAACAGCAAACCGCAGUCCUCGAAUGGGCCACCACACCCAAGAACCUUCCCUCUAGUGGAUGGCAUCACACUCCACCUACCAUUAGCUUCCUACGUUCUCAAUGCCAUUCUCAACUUGUUCUCAGGGGUGCAAACUACGAGAACUUUUCAGUCCUGGGACUAUCAAUAACCGUCGCACUCUGUGGGGUAAUCGUGAUAUUAGGACUGAUAAUCGAUACAGUAGUCGGCUGGCUACGGCCGAGUAAUUCGAAGUACAUGCGAGACCAGUGGGAGGUGGAGGAGACCUUGUCUCUGCAUGAGGCAGCAUUCCAGAAAAUGAGACUUUGGAGCAUUGGUCCAGAUAGGAUGGUACCCAGUUCUGCUCUUUUGGAUUCGACAUUGAAUAUUCCACUCCAAACUCACGUGGGUAGUUGGAACCAAGCACCGCUGAGCCCAACUAGAGUUAGCAGGGAUGAUUCACAAAUUGGUUCAGUAGAUCCUGAGCUAAACUGA